AUGUUAGAACGUUCUAUUCCAAAAGCAUUUGGGAAUAUGGUAGCUCUUGUUCAUCUUGACCUCUCUCACAACAACCUUCAAGGGGCGAUACCAGAUCUUACAAAAUUAUCCUUGUUGAGAGAGUUGCGUCUGUCCAACAAUCAGUUAAAUGAGAGUUUAGAUAAUGUUCUAGGAAAAUAUUCCAAGCUUCAGGCGCUGGAUGUGUCAUUCAAUUCUUUCAAAGGUGUCAUCACUGAAACACAUUUGUCGAAUUUUUCCAGCCCACGAAUGUUGGAAUUGUCUUUUAAUUCUGAUUUAUCUUUGAAGUUUAAUCCAGACUGGGUUCCACCAUUUUAUCUGGAUAUCAUAGGAUUGGGCUCUUGCAAAUUGGGAAAUUUGUUGACUGGUAUCAUCCCUCAAAGUAUUGGUGACAUGAAGAGAUUAGAGUCUUUGAACUUGUCAAGCAAUCACCUUUCAAGUGUAAUUCUCCCAAGUCUCGCUACUUUGAGAUUUUUAAGCUAUUUGAAUUUGUCAGAUAACAACUUGUCAGGUAAAAUCCCAACAAGUACCCAUCUCCAAAGUUUUGGUGCUUCUUCAUAUGCAAGUAACCGAUAUCUCUGUGGGUUGCCUCCUUUGAAAAGGUGUCUAGGAGAUGAAGCACCUCAAGGUCCUCAAAUUGGUAACACACAUAUAGAGGGCAAUAUUCAAGAACAUGCAAACUCUCACAAACAUCUAUGGUUUUAUUCAAGCAUUGCAAUGGGGUUCAUUGUUAGAUUUUGGAGAGUUUGUGGAUCGUUAGUGCUGAAGAGUUCUUGGAGGCAUGCCUAUUUCCAGUUUUUGGAAAGAAUGGGAGACAGGCUCUACGUUACAAUAGCUAUCAACAUGGCCAAAGUGUUGAGGAACUUCAAGACUCACUGCUAA